AUGUCGACGGACCGCAACACCAACCGCCCACUGAAGCCCUCCCUUGCUUCGACCAGGACUGCAAGAACACCGCUGGCCCCGCGCAUUGCUGGCAAUGCCACCGCUACUCCCACCGCCGCAAGGCCCACUGCGCCUAGAUUGCCUACCAGCAGAAACCCCGCAGUGUCACCACGACUAAAGCAACAAGACGAGACAUCGCCAAAGGCAGUGGGGGGAACGCUCAGCGCGACACCGCGUGCGUAUGGAAGAGGCUCCAGGGACGGUGGGCAGGGCUCGCCAGGCCAGGGUGAAUCACUGAACGAGACGAGGGGACGAGGCACCCUUGGACCUAAAGAGACAUUAUCGAGUCGAAGCAGCGCUGUCAGUGGAGUCGGUCAAGGACUGAAUGCAAUGCGAAGCACGUCGCGGCCAGGCAGACCGAAGAGCACUGUUGGUGACAACUUGGCCAAGUCACCACCAUUGAUACGAUCUCCUGGGUAUUCAGACUUGAACAGCACGGCGAAGGAGAGCAUUGAGAGCCGCUUCUUUCAUGCAAGCGAUGUACAGAAGCAUGAGCCAGCUCCGAAGCAGCCAGAGCCGAAGAAGGUACCGACAUUUUUCUAUGCAGAUGGCAAAGAGGAUGCACCAACCGGACCGCCGCCAAAGGCCCCAUCGCCCGUUCUAUCAGCAGUGUCUGAGAAACGAUCUUCGAACCCUUGGAUGAGGCCGGAGACAGCGUCACAUCCGUCGAAAAGCCCACCGAUGUUGUCGCCCUCUCUUGCUGCUGCUUCUACCGCCACACCAUUCUUUGCUGCGCCAACAACACCACAGUCACAACUUCGUUCCCCCUCUCCGAGUCGAGAAAGCAUUCACUUAUCAUACCGCAAAGGGGCAUCUCAAAUCUUCGGCACUCGCCCCUCUCCAUCGAGCACCUCACCCGCAAACGUGGCAACACACUCUGGACCAGAACAACAACGGCCAAGCAUCGCUGCGUUGCACCGCAAAUCCACCAGUCUCUCAUCGAUCGAAUCUGGCAAUUCCCAACAGGCGCGGAGGCGAUCGGCCACUUCAGCAGAGAAUGCCCAUGCCAAUUCACCACUCACUCAUGAGAUCAAAACCCCUGUUGUACCUCGGCUUACCAGUCCGCCUGUCGACCUGCCUUCAAUCGAUACGUCUCUGGCAUCGCCAGCACUUGUCGGGUCUCCACAGGGUGCGCUAAGUCCGACAAAGCAUGCGUCCGAGUUGGCCGCCGAAGCAAGGCGAGAGAGAAAGCUUCUUGACUUGGAGAUCUCGAAUAGUUCGCUACUGGCGAUCAACGCGAGUCUGGAGCGGGAGGUGCGUAGACAGAAGGCUGAGCUGAAACGCUUCAGACGACUGUCCCGUGCUGGACGCUUGUCUAUGCCAAGAAAUGAGCUUCCAGGUCGUACGUCCGAAGGCCUGAGUACAUUGGGGGAAGAACCUGCCGAGAAUGACGACGACGAUGAUAUGAUGGCUGCUGGCCUGGUUGAUGAUGCUGACGACUUGAGCGACUCUGAAGACGGUAGCUUGUUGAGCGGUGGUGAGCCUCAUUCACCGGGCUCUCAGACGAACAAGGAGCAGGACCGGUUGGCGAAAGAUGAGAAACGUCUUCGAGUUGAUCUCGCAAAACAUAAGGAACUUCUUGUACAAAGCCAGGCCAUGAACCAAAGCAUCAAACGAUGCAUGUAUGCGACCGAAGAGAUGCUGAGGGAAGGCAAGGCGGCUCUGCAGUAUAACGUGCGCGUGUCGGACGUCAAAUUGGGUGGCCGCAUUCUCUCAGGAAACGACGAGGAAGAAGAAAUCGAAGUCGAUGACAAUGUCACCGAUGAUGGCAUGGAGACCGCAAAGGGUUUUAUUGAUGUCUGGCGAGGCAUUCGGACGAACGUUGAAGGCUCUGAAGGUUCUGGCGAUCGCGACUCUGGCAUUGAAGUGGAUAAACCGCUAAGCCAUGUCUCAGCUCGAUUUUCGAAUGUGACAAGCACAUCGCAUGAUUCUGGAAGACCGCCAGGAUCGACAACUCAAUCUAUCAGCAAUGAAUCGACGGAUCAUGUCGGCACGGACAUCGACUUAGACUUGCCACCUGGAGCUUCAUAG